CCGUUAUUUUCCGCCACUCGUUCCGUCAGAAGAGGGUUACUACACAGUCCGAUCUUCCAUAGGGAGAGAUGCGUAUAGUUCUGAGUAUCUUGCUUUAUGCGGCAGCGAUAGAUGACGUCACAGAAAGUGUCCCAUUGCUGAAGCAGUCACAUCGUGCUCUCGCUGAGGUCCCUCUGAAAGCCAACGCCGAUAUGUGUACGCAGCCACUUCCUGCACAAGAUCACAGCUGUACCGACAAGACCCUCCUUUUCUACUACGAUUUCAAGAGGAACUACUGCCGACCCUUCAGUCAUGGGGCCUGCUCAAAAUCCCCCCGUCUGAUGAAGACAGCAAACGAAUGUCGGGAGAAAUGUAUCGCCGCACCAGGUGAAGAUAUCUGUAACAUUCCGCACACGUCAGGACACGCGUGCCACUGGCACAUUCCCAUGUACACCUUCAACCAGACCAUGGGCUCCUGCAUGGGGUUUGUCUACGGUGGCUGCCACGGCACCGCGAAUCGGUUCUGGACGCUGUCUGCCUGCAUGCAACAUUGCCCAGAUACGAUUCGUGUGGACAGAUGCAGCUCGCUUCACACAUCACUGCCUUAUGACUGCCCAGACUCUCAUCCGGAAUAUCGCUACUUCUACAACGCCACUACCAGGACGUGCGAAAAAUACGAAGCUUCCCGCUGCUUUCGUACUCAAAACAGCUUCGACACAAUGACAUCAUGCACUGACGAAUGCGGACGCAGAUAAAUGACAGCUACACACCGUCAUCAGCAGGAUGGUAGCCUGUCUGGAAAACACUGACUGGGACAACAACUGAGAAAUCAAGUUUCUUAGAUAAAUGCUUCGCGAAUGGUUUACAAAAUACACGCUAUGGUGGUUCUGA